GAGCGCGCGUGUUUGUGUCAAGCGGUUGUUUUAGUGAUGCAGGUGCCGAGCAGACGCUCCGAGUCUUUCUGUUCACGGAGAGGACAAAAGGAUGACAUGUGAUCAACUCCGCCGGCUGUGGGCUCUUGGCCUGGUCCUCUGCGCCACCGGGACGCUGUCCUGCGUUCAGGGCGCGCAGGAUUUCCAAAGGAAAGCUUCCUUGCUUCUGAAAGAGGAACCAGAAAACCCAAAGUGCUUUGCUGAGAGCAGGAAUGACUUCAAGUGCUUCUGGGAGGAAGACGAGGAGAGGGCUGGUUCUGUGGACCAGUACUCCUUCACCUAUGCCUACCAAAAUGAAAACAGCAGCACGUGCCCCCUGAGAGUCGUCCCCGUGGCGAGCGGGAAACGGCUCUUCAUCUGCCAUCUGAACCGGAUCCAGAUGUUCGUCCAGUUGGACAUCCAGGUUCACCGGGACGGACUCCAGCUCUACAAUCGCAGCCUUUUCAUCGAUCUUGUUUUUCUUCUGGACCCUCCUGACAAUGUGACAGUGAGCAGCACGGGUCAUCAAGGUCAGCUGAACGUUAGCUGGCUUACGCCUACUCGGAUGUACAUUUAUGACAGCGUGAUAUAUGAGAUUAUCUACGCUCCAGCAGACAGCCACGUUGGCCAGGUGGAGGUGGUACAUAGCCGUUCUGAGUUAAUACUCCGAGAUCUUCAGCCUGGUACAAAGUACAGGGUACAAGUCCGUGUGAAGUUGGAUGGUAACACCUACAAUGGCUAUUGGAGUGCCUGGAGUGACCCUGUAUUUAUGGAAACUCUGCCUGCAGAACUUGACCCACUCAUCGUGUCAAUGACGUUCAUCAUCUCCUUCAUCCUCAUUCUUCUUUGUCUUGUCAUGUUUUUGUCCCAUCACAGGUUCCUUCAAAGGAAGAUUUGGCCAGUUAUCCCAACGCCUGAUAGCAAAUUCCAAGGUCUUUUCACUGUUUAUGGUGGGGAUUUCCAGGAGUGGUUAGGCCAGACCAGUGGAGGCUUGUGGGUGACUUCAGCUCUUAUCUACUCUGAAGAAUGUCCUUCUCCUCUGGAAGUACUCUCAGAACUCAACCUUUGCCCCUCUCUGCCCUCCCCACCUCUUCCACCCAAGGCCUGCAAAGCUUUGACCACUGCCAAUAAAAAGGAGGACAAUGGUCUAAAGACAGGACUUAUCGAGAGAGAGCUGUCAAACACAAGUGAUUCAGCUCAGACAAAUGAGUGGAGAGCCAUGCCACACGACCAGUGGCUGAUGGAUCGCUUACGAGCGUUUCAACAGAACCCUGUCCCUUGCUCCCAGGCUUCUUUGCUGGAAUCUCAAGAUACAUACGUCACCCUCAGUGCCAACAAUCCCAGUGAAGACGACCACAUCAAUGACAGUUUUGAGGAAACCUUACCCCUGGAGGUGCUUUUUGCCUCUAGGAAGACAACACUGAGUGAGUCCCACUCUGACCUAGGGUCCGUGCAGCAAAGUUCUGGGUCAGGUCGCCUUUCAUCUCAGUCCAGCUUUGAGUAUCCAAACCAAGCCUGGACACCUAAAGGCCCUGGGUACACUUACAUGGCAGCGGCAGACUCUGGCGUCUCAAUGGAUUACAGCCCCAUGAUCAGAGCCGACGACCUAGGGAAAGUGACGAUCUAUGCCAAUGAGUAUAAAAAUGAUAUUCCAGCUCACAGAAGACCCGUCUUGUUGAGGCAGUACCCUGUCCAUGAUGAUGGCUGACGAGAAGUCAGACUGGACCAAUUACAUGUGGACUGAGGAUCGGUGAAUAUUUUUUUUUACAUAAGUCUCCAUUAACUGUUAAGAAAAAAAAUCAAAGCAAGGAGCUGACUGACACCAAAGAGUAAGCUAAAUGGCUCAAAGUGGAGGGUUUGUUGGAUGUAUCAAGACACUACACUCGCCCAGAAAUAUCAGCUGUGAGUUACUACAAAUACUGAUAUUCAGCAUUCUACAUGCUAAUCUGCUGUGUCUU